CGGAUCACUUUUGCUAGGAACUAUUUCGAGACAUUUGAGCAACCCGGAGAUGUUAGUAUGUGACACACAGUCGCCGCGCCAUGUGGAAGAUGUCGCGUUGAGUUCGUGGUUGAAACUUCUUCAUAAUCGCGGUCAUAAUGAACGUAUUUUUUCGUUUUAGCAUUAGUAUAGUGUAGCAACACUUCAUGUUACGCUGUUGACUAAAUUCACCUGCUCUACAUCUCGCUGAAUAAUGGGGAAAUCAAAGACCAAGAACCAGAAGAAAUCCCGAGCAACAGCCAACCAUGUGGCCGAGGAGACUUUCGGAGCUAUCCCCCACUCCUUCGUGUUUCAUCGGGGUCAGAUUGGGAAAAACGUGGGUCAGCUCAUCCUUGACGUGCGGAGAGUCAUGGAGCCAUACACUGCAGAGUCUCUGAAGGUCAGGAAAAAGAAUGUGCUGAAAGACUUUGUGGCUAUUGCAGGACCACUGGGAGUGACCCACUUCAUGAUCUUCAGAAAAACUGCUGGCUUUAUCAACAUGAGACUUGCACGACUACCCAAAGGUCCCAUGCUUCAUUUCAGAGUGCUCAAGUACUCUCUUGUCAAAGAUGUGGUUUCAUCUCUGAAGAAGCACAGGAUGCACGAGGAGCAGUUCACACAUCAUCCACUACUCAUCUUAAAUAACUUUGGAUCUGAUGGCAUGCAUGUUAAACUCAUGGCCACAAUGUUUCAGAACAUGUUUCCUUCCAUUAAUGUGCACAAGGUAAGCCUCAACAAUAUAAAGAGAUGUGUGCUGCUGAAUUACAACCCAGAGACCCAGGAAAUUGAAUUUCGUCAUUACAGCCUGAAGGUGGUCCCUGUCGGCAUGAGCCGCGGAGUCAAGAAGCUGAUGCAGGAGAAGUUUCCCAACAUGAGCAAGUUUGAGGAUAUCAGCGAGCUGAUGAUGAAGGGGGCUAACCUUUCAGAAAGUGAAGCCGAGCAAGAUGGGGAGCACAACAUAACUGAGCUACCCCAGGUCUACUCUGGCCGAGGCAACAUGGCGUCCCAGCAGAGUGCUGUCCGUUUGACCGAGAUUGGUCCGCGCAUGACUCUGCAGCUGAUUAAGAUACAAGAAGGCAUGGGAGAGGGGGAUGUCCUUUAUCACACCAUGAUUUCCAAGACAGAGGAGGAAAUACAGGAGAUCCUGAUCAGGAAGGAGGCCCAGCUGAAAGAGAAGGAGGGUCGCCGUAAAAAGCAGGAGCAGGAUGUUGCUCAGAAGAAAGAGAAACGAGAAGAGAACAAAAAAAAGAGCCUGGAAGGCAUUAAGAGGAAACACGCUGAAGCUGAGGCAGAAGAGGACAGUGAGGUGGAGGAUCCCGGGAUGCAGGAUGGCCAGACAGCUGCAGUUGAAUCUGAUGAUGAGGUGGAGUACUACAGACAGGCUGUCGGCCAGGAGCCCGACGAAGACAUGUUCCCCACUACCAAGAAGAGGCAUGGCUCAGAGAGGACUCAUGGACCUGCCAAGAAGAGGAAGUUCACCAUCGCUAAAUUUAGAAGGAACAGAGAAUAUCCACCGGAAGAAAGAAUCUCAGGCAAUCAGGGUGUUACUGACACUUUUCCCCAACGAGAUAAAGAUGCUUGCACUGCUGAAAGCAAAAUGACGCAGAAUUUCUCUCGCUGUGAGAGUUUUCAAUUGGCCCUGCUGCCCUCAAUGUAUGGGGUUGAGUUCAUCGUGGCCCUGGCAGGAAACCUGUUUGCCCUGUGGCUGCUGGUGGUCAGAGAGAAAAGGAACUGGCACACGGGGGUUGUCCUGUCUUGCAACCUGGCGAUCAGUGACCUGCUGUACGUUCUGACCCUGCCUUUGCUGAUUGUCUACUACUCACUGGAUAAACACUGGAUGUUUGGUGAUGCUGUGUGUAAAAUCGAGAGGUUUCUUUUCACCUGCAACCUGUAUGUGAGCAUCUUCUUCAUCAUGGCGAUAAGUGUGAACCGAUGUGUGGCCCUUGCGUGUCCCUUCUUCACCAGAUCCUACGUAGAGCCUGCCCACGCGAAGGCCAUCAGUGUCAUCAUCUGGAUCGUUGUAGGAAUCAUUUCCUGCCCUGUGUUGAAAUUUGCCUCAGUCUGUGAGCACAAUAACAACACUCAGUGUGUGGCCUUCUGUAAAGGUUUUGGGAAUGAAACCCCUCACUUCACUUACAAAAUGUUUCUUGCUGUGUUUGGGUGUUUUGUUCCCUUUCUUGUUACUUUCAGUUCUUACUGUGUGGUGAUUUCGGUGGUGUGGAAAAAUGUCAGUAUAACCACACUGGAGAAACGCAAGGUAGCUCUGUUGGUCGCCUUAGUUAUCGUGCUGUAUGCCAUUUCCUUUGUGCCUUACCACGUCUUCCAGAUCUAUCACUUGUAUCAAAAAAUCUAUAAUAUUAACGACUGUUUGGUCUACGACAUGUACCAGGUGUCCAAGGGACUGGCAACUCUGAACAUGUGUAUCCAUCCAAUCCUUUACAUGGCUUUGUUUGACAGUAUAAGAUUAGCUUGUUGCGGGAAGGGCCCCGAGGACAACAAUGGGGUGGUGAUGAAGUAUAGCAGAGCUGCUGCUUGACAGCUUUUCUGUGAAAUUCAUCUUUAUUAGCGGGUAUAAGUUAGCAGCA